GAAGGAUGCGGGGAAGAUGGCGAUGAAUGUGAAGAACAGAGAUGCGUUUGAUUCAAGUGCUGACUAUUGCAAUAUCUACAGCUCUCAGCCUGUAAACUAUGGAGAUUGCAGCCAUUAUUUCCCUCGGAUGACAGGUCCAGAUGCGGUUCUGAAGCCGCCCCUCAGUCUGAUGUACCAGCAGCAGCCGAAGCACUUCCAGGUCAUGACCCCCACUCAGAACCUCAGACCGCCCCCUGUGAUGAUGUCACCAGACCCCCUGCGAUUCCCGCUCUGUACCCCUCUUGCGGUAAAGAUGCCUCCCGACCCGUACAUCCCAGCACCAUUUGUCGUCAGUCCCAAACCCCCUGAGGAGGACGGUCAGGUGGUGUGUGGCAAUCAGGAAGCCGCUCUGGAAGAACUCUGCAGGCCUUUGUACUGCAAACUGUGCAACGUGACGCUCAACUCCACACAACAGGCUCAGGCACACUAUCAGGGGAAAAACCACAGCAAGAAGCUGCGCAACUUCUAUGCUGGUAGUGAUCAGCCGCCUCCCAUUAGACUAGCAGAGGUGGAGCCUGUUUCCCAGCAACCCCCAGAUUCUGCACAUGUGACGGCCAAACAGCCACUCUCCGCCAGCAGAAUCAUACUGGCAACAGAAAAUGACUACUGCAAGCUGUGUGACGCCUCCUUCAGUUCACCCGCCGUGGCUCAGGCGCACUACCAGGGCAAGAACCACGCCAAGAGGCUGCGGCUGGCAGAGGCGCAGCAGAAUGCCACGUCCUCAGACUUGUGUGAAACUCAGAGGUGGCCCCGGAAGGAAGGGUACGAGUGCCGGUUAAUGAAGAGCCGCAGGGCAAUGCCAGGCCCGUACUACAACCCGCGGCCGAGGCAGCGGAUCCCACAAGACCUCGCCAUGUGCGUGACACCCAGCGGGCAGUUCUACUGCUCCAUGUGUAACUCGGGCGCCAGCGAAGAAGCCGAGUUUCGACUCCACUUGGAGAGCAAACAGCACAAAAGCCGAGUGUCGGAGCAGCGUUACCGCAGUGAGAUGGAACACCUGGGAUACACUUAAAUCCACAGAUCACAUGACCUGCAAACAGACGCUUUUCUUUGAGAAUUCUAAAGGCCAUUUUUACAGUUUUAAUGCAGGUUCAAAGUCUUAAAGUGACGACAUUUACUCUUCUUUAAGCUAUUUAGAAGCGGAUAGUCACACAGGGGAAUUUGAGCAACAUGGCAAAGUCUCAAAAGUGCCAUAAACUGGAAAUGAGGAACUUCACGUGGUCAGUGAGAUGCAGCGGGUGGAAGCACAGAUCACAGAUCUACAGAUUCAUUAUUAGUAUGAAGCUUCUUACACUAGAUCAGUUUCUGCCUGUGCAUGUUCAGUGUUCUGGAUCAAACACUUUUCAGUGUGGACAGUUGCAACAUUAAUACGAAUGAUUUAUACGUUUAUAAUAAGCCUCAAAUAUACAAACAGCAGGAGUGAUGAUCGAGCGUUACAUGCAUGAAGCUUCUCAUCAUUCGGUCCAUAUUUUCUUGUGAUGCAGAUUCAUUCCCAGGAAUCUCUUCAGUCACUACAGGAUACAUGGAGAAUAUGGCAUAUUUAAUAAGGUCUGUGCCCCCCAUGCCCCCUACCGCACAUGCCGUUCUGUCUGUUGCACAAGUCGACACACUUCAUGGUUUAUAGAAGAUGAGAUUGAUUCGGUGACAUGUUGCAGAUAAUGCAUCAGAUGUCAUGAACGAACAAUGAGCAACAACAACUGUAUUAUUAUAUGUAAAGAUGAUUAAAGAUAGAAAGUAUUGAUCGUUGUUAGUUUACGUUAGCUAAUGUAACCUGAAUAUUAAACACACUUCAGCAGUGUUGUUGGGACAGAUCGACACCAUGUUUGAGAUAUUUAUUUUAUUUCACAGUUUACAUUCGUGCAUGAUUUCUCAUUUACAAUAUUAUAAAGGUUCCUUGAGAAAGCUAUACAUUAUAGUAUAUGUUCUGUAGGUGAUGAUGCAUGAAAUAACUGCUGCAAGAAAAGCUUUCACAACUGAAUUGCUCUUGCUAACCGAAUUGUGUUCUUCAUCAUAAACUAUAUUUGACAUCAGAUGUAAUGAUGGGAGACGUCACAGGGGGUCUGACGUGUUGUCAGGGGGGUUUGAACACCCCUUCAUGUGCAGUGUAACGUUUACUCCACUAGGAUGUUACCUUGAUCUACUUUGCAUACAUUUAAAAUAGGAGGGACUUACAGGCCUGUUUAACUAUUCAUGUUUUGCAUAUUCAAAUACGUCUUUUUAUAUGAAAGGCUGUGUGAUUUGUUUUACAUGUAAAUAAAUAGACACAUAUACAUUAUAUGAAGCCGCACUGAUCAGAUAUAUUAUACUUGCGGGACUUUUGCAAAUAUAGUGGAUGGAAACAGGAGAGAGAGAGAGAUGACCGGAAAUGAUGUCAGGACAUGUUGCAGGCCAGACUCGAACCUGCUUCACCCAUAUAAGAACCACAGCUGUUCUCUUGCGCUAGUCGAUGCAUCUGCAUCCAGACACAAGCCAUGUGACAGGAAGUUGUGACCCUGCGUGGGACAAAUGGAGAACCUCACAUACCUCUCUUUUCAUUUAAACUGGGCUUUUAUAUGUAUGAUGACGCCUCUCAAUUAUGUGUUCUGAAGGAUUCAUGGGCACUUUUUAUCUUGUGGUGCUUUUGUAGACACUGUUAUAUAAUGGUUGCCUUGAGGAGAUAUUGAAGUCUAGAUGUCCAUCAAAGGUCUGAGUGCAGUACAGGUCAAAGGUGAAGUUUAUUUAAUAAAGCUGACAGAACUUCACUGGAUAGAAAGUGUAUUACAGUAUUUCAUUAGAUGUAUGAAGAGGAAUCACACAUUUGUUCUUUGACUCUGAGUGACUGUGAUGAUGUCAUUGGAACAUUUGCAUACUGCAGUUGGUCUUUCUCACAUUUAUUUGCAUACUGAAAUGUGCUCUUUCUUUCUCAUGUCAGUUCAUUAGAGUUGGAUCUCUGCAGGACUGAAUGAGUCUCACUGAUAAUCAGUCUGUUAUUACAUGUAUUCAGAACAGAAGCUGUAAGGACUGAUGUUUCCUUCAGCACAUGCGGGAUUAUGAUUCAGUUUUCACGAGAACAUGUUUGAGAACACAUUGUUCCCCUUCUGUCACUCACUCGACGUUGUGUCGAAUAUAGUGACCUUGAGAGCCUCACGUACCUCUGAACUUGAGAAAAGGCCAAUGAGAAAUUGGCAGACAGAAUUUGCAUGUAUCGCCCCCGGACAUACGGGUAUAAAGGGAAGCGGGCGUGCAUCUGUCAGUCAGGUUUUUUCUUCGGAGCCGAGCAGUUGUGCAGCAGCAAGCUGAAGUUCACCACUGUUCCACCUCUGUUGGCAAAGCACUGCUGUUGGAUCUACGGCGCAUUACCAGCGGCUUUCUCCCUCUCUGCACACUGUGCAGUCCACGCCCCUGGGCGCUUCCACAGCACUUCAGUCUGAAAGAGUGUUCUUUCCUAAAAGAGUAUAUUCACUCACAAAAGAGCAAUACACUGCAGGCGUUGAAUGUCCUUUUCAGGACGCGUCUUUUUAAAGAUGACUCUCCGCCUCUGUGUGUAGUUCUUGGAUGCGGUAGAUAUCUCUCCAAACUGACGGUCAUAGACGCUGCCUCGUGUGUCUGGGUAGCGAUCACACUGAGGUAGUGUUUGUGGAUGGUUCAUGUACUCACUGUGAGAACAUGAGCAUGGCAGCGUUGUGGUCAUGGCUUUCAUUUCUUAAAGGCUCCCGGAUAGGGCCCCGGCUGCAUUGGCACAUCAACUGCCUAGAGUUGCUGGCUGUAUUCCUUGCCCUGCAAAGAUUUCUCCCGCUGAUUCGGGGCAACUACGUCUUGAUCCGUUCAGACAGCACUGCGACGGUAGUGUGCAUAAAUCGCCACGGUGGUGUGCACUCUCGUCAUAUGUCACAACGCGCCUGCCAUCUCCUCCUUUGGAGUCAGCAGCGACUCAGGUCACUGCACGCCUUUCAUAUCCCGGGCAACCUCGACACGACAGCUGUCCCGACAGGUUUUGCCCAGCGGAGAGUGGAGUUUCCACCCUCAGGUGGUCAAGCUGAUUUGGGACCGGUUCGACAUGGCACAGGUAGACCUCUCUGCCUCCCAAGACAAUUCCCACUGCCCGCUCUGGCACUCCCUGAUAGAGGCCCCUCUCGGGACAGACUGGGGUGGCUGCGCAAGUACGCAUUUCCCACAUUGAGCCUUCUUGCACUGGUGCUGUGCAAGUCACCUUAGUGGCUCCUUACUGGCCCACUCGGACUUGGUUCUCGGAUCUCAAGCUCCUCGUGACAGCACCUCCCUGGUAAAGUCCCCUGAGGAUGGACCUUCUUUCCCAGAGACGGGGCACCCUCUGGCAUCCAUGCCCAGACCUCUGGAACCUGAAGAUCUGAGUGAUCUACCACCUGCGGUCGUAGACACUAUCAACCAAGUCAGCGCUCCCUCAACCAGGCAGUAUUACGCCCUAAAGUGGCACUUGUUCGCAAAUUGGUGUUCUUCCCGGUCUGAAGACCUGCAGAGAUGUGCAGUUCGGUCAGUGCUUUCAUUUCUGCAAGAGAGAUUGGAGGGGAGGCUGUCUCCCUCCACUUUGAAGGUGUAUGUAGCCACUAUCAUGGUCAGAUGCAUUGGACAGCAAGUCUUUGGGUAUGCACGACUUGAUUAUCAGGUUCCUUAGAGGUGCCCGGAGGCUGAAUCCUUCCUUGGCCAAGCCUGUUCCCCUCCUGGGAUCUCUCAGUUGUCUCUGUCAGCGGCACUUGCCUGGAGUUUGGUCCGGCAGAUACUCAUGUCAUUCUAAGACCGCGACCGGCUACAUGCCCAAGGUUCCUACGACCCUCUUCAGGGAUCAGGUGAAGACUUUCCAUUGCUGUGUCCGGUAUAUGCUUUGCAUAUCUAUUUGGACCACACGCAGAGCUUUAGAUGUUCUGAGCAGCUGUUUGUCUACUUCGGCAGACGGCGGAAAGGGAACGGCAUCUCCAAACAGUGGUUAGCUCACUGGGUCUUUGACGCUAUCUCCCUGGCCUACCAGUCCCAGUCCGUGCCCGCCCCCUUGGGGGUUCGAGCACACUCGACGAGAAGUGUGGCAUCGUCGUGGGCACUGGCAAACGCUACCUCCCUAGCAUACAUCUGCAGAGUGGUUGCUUCUAUGUACAUAUGUCAGCAGUUCACGUAACAUGGUCUAGUGCAUGGCGCUUUUAAACGGGACCCCUUGUGCCACUACAAUCGACACAAUGUCGAGAGAGUGACAGAAGGGUAACGUUAUGGUUACUGUUGUAACCUCCGUUCCCUGAUGGAGGAAAUGAGACUUUGGUCCCCUUUGCCAUGACACUAGACCUACCACUGUUAAUGGCUGUACCUUAUUCUCGGCUCCUCAGUGCAAAAACCUGACUGACAGUCGCACGACCGCUUGCCUUUAUACCCGUAUGUCCGGGGGCGGACAUACGGGUAUAAAGUAAAUGAUCUUCUCGAGCAGUCUAUUGUGUGUUCACAACAUCAGAAAUAAAGGGAGAAUUGUGGAAAAACACAUAAAAUGACAAAAAAUAAAGAAAUGUCCCAGACAUACAAAAUGUGGGGGCAAAAAAUACAGUUCUUACUAUUUUAUUUUAGUUCUAGUUUCACAUAUUUGGGCAUAUAAUCUGAGCUGAUGAUUUAACUCUUGGGGUAAGAGGUAAUAAAUUCUCAAUCUUGAGCAUUUGUAUGAAUAAAUUGGUUAAACUGAUGUAUUUGAUGUUUGAAGAAGACACUGUUUGUUUUAUAUGAUUAGAACAAAAAUGGCCUUCAUAAGAGGUAAAAUAUUUAUAAAUAAAAUGCCCCUGAAAAUCAAAUGCAUGGGGUUAAAGAGGCCCUUUUAUGUAAAGGUACAUUUCUUUCACAGCACUGAAUUAUACACACUUGUGUCCUGUUCUAUAUGUUGUGCUUGAGGCUCUAUAGGAUCAGUGACAUUAUAUGGCUUGAUUAUAUUAGCAGUUCAAAUGAAACUAUUUUACACAUCUAAUAUAUUGGCAACAUUCAUUCAGUAUCAUGAACAAACAAUAAAUACAAAUUUUUUAUAGCAUUUGUUAAGCUUUGCUAAUAAAAAUACAUCGUUACUUCAAGUUAACUUAUUAUUAGUGUUACCUUUAUAUUUGAUGACAUCACCACCUGCAGUCAUGAUGCCCAGUGGCAGGGCAACUGUGCCAUCUGCUGGCUCUAGUUUUUGAGGAUCUGCCUGAUGAUUAAACACCAUUCCAGUCUUUGAGAUGCGCUGCUGAUUAUA